AUGCCUGAAGCCGCUGUGAUUCUGGAUUGUAGAAAGCAUCCGUAUACACUUCACACAAUCGGUCGCUUUCGCAGUUCUAUAUCGUGUGGGUAUGAACGUUUACUAAAGGUGUCAGGUAGAAUCGACCACGACCACUGGUUUGGGAAUCGAGCACUUUACCACUACGCUAUGGCACCAUGA